GGCAGCUCAGAGAUAAGGCAGGUCGGCUACGUCGUGGUGGUUUCCCUCAGAGUGCUUAUGUUCAUAGCCUCCUACAAGACAUACACAUCAAUGUGGACAAAUGUUCAGACUACACAAUUGCAUAUGCAUUUUGCUGGCUUUUUUAACAGGCUGCUCUGGUGAGUCUGUGUGUGAUCAAGAUGAGGAAAGCUGUGUCAACCGAGACGUCUAUGACAAAAAGGUCACAGCAAUCCCGGUCACACUGAAAAAAGAAGGGGCCAAAGAGGUCUUUUUUGUGGGCAGUCCAAUCAGUUUAAUUCACAAAGGUGCCUUUGCCACAAAUCCUCAGCUUGAGAAGGUUGAGUUCCUUGGUACCCCUACAGAUUCUAUUGAACCUGGAGCAUUUGAGGGCUUAAAUAACAUUAACAGUAUUGAGAUAUCUAACACACCGCUGAAGUCACUUUCUGUGGGAGUCUUUCAGGAUUUGACCAGCCUUGAAAAUCUUGUCCUGAAAAGCAACAAAAUCCAGAGUUUACAGAAGGGAUUGUUUGAUGGUCUUGAGAAACUCAAAGAUCUACAGCUGAAUAUAAAUGAAAUUGCUACCAUCGAGGAUGGGAUAUUCGAUCAGCUAGAAAAUCUUCAGAAUCUUCAUCUGGCAAAAAAUAAACUCAGCUCCAUUUCAUCAUCUCUCGUCUCAAAAUUGAAGAAACUCAAAGUAAUCAGACUGUAUGAAAAUGAAUUACCAUCUCUACCUGAUGGAAUAUUUGACAAUCUGCAAGAAAUAACAGAGAUUGCUUUACAAAACAACAAAAUAUCAUACAUACAGCCACAAUUAAUUCUGCAUAAAGAUAAUUUAGUAAAGUUACUUUUAGACAACAACCUCUUGACAGAGUUGCCAUCGCAGAUGUUUGUCAACUUUCCAUUACUUAAAACAUUGACACUGCACAGUAAUCAAUUAACACAUCUGCCACCAAACUUAUUUGGAGAAAUGCCUAAACUUACAGAGUUAAGUUUUAAGAGCAACAAUCUCACCACACUUCCUCCAGGAGGUCUGAGUGUCCUUUCAAAGCUCAAAAAAUUGGAUCUGUCAGAGAAUCUGUUUGAAACUGUGGCAGGAGAGUUUUUUGUUGGUUUGGAGAAGGUCGCAGAUCUUAAUCUUCAGAAAAAUUUUAUUACAUCCCUAACAUCAGACAAUUUUGAGCCAUUAAAAAACUCUAUAUCAACCCUGAAACUUUCUAGAAACCAACUGAAAUGGCUACCAAAUGAUGUUUUCAGUUCUCUACCGAAACUGAGUAAAUUAUACCUCGAUGGCAAUCCUUGGCAUUGUGACUGUAACCUGAAACCCUUUUACGAAUGGAUGAAAUCCAAUCCCAAAAUGUUCAAAUCUGUAGUACUAUGUGCCUCACCUGAGUCUUUGAAAGGCCAAGAGAUCAUCAAACUGGAAGAAAGUGUCCUAAUAUGCCCUACUACUCUGCCAACUACUACAGCUUUGCACACUACUACCACUCCUAUGACAACAACAACACAGAUUACUACCAUGGAGACAACAACCAUGACUACAACAUUGCCAAGCACAACACCUACAACUACAUUACCAGUAACUACGACAACAACAACAACAACCACAACAUUACCUACUACAACCACAACAAUACCUACAACAACACCGCUUAUGACAACAACCACAACAAUACCUACAACAACACCACUUAUGACAACAACAACCACAACAUUACCUACUACAACCACAACCAUACCUACAACAAUACCUACAACAACACCGCUUAUGACAACAACAACCACAACAUUACCUACUACAACCACAACAAUACCGACGACACCGCUUAUGACAACAACAACAACAACACCACCACCAACCACAACAUUACUUACAACAACAAUGCUUAUGACAACUCCGCCAACCACUACUGAACAUACAACAACUUUAAGAACAACAACAAUUACAACAACAGAGCCCACAACACCUGUAAUUACAACAACUCUGCUUCCAACAACACUCCCAACCACUACACUGGUAGCUACAACACCAACAACUACACCAACUACUACUACUACGGCUGCAACCACAAGUCAAACCACUACCGCUCUGAUAACCACAGCAUCACUCAUAACAACAUCUGAACUCACUACAAUACCUCUGACCACUAGUAUGACCACAACCUUGCCAACAACAACCAGUGCUACCACUACCCAGAUGAUCCCUACUACUACCACAUCACUUCAAACAACCACCCCAACCUAUUUCAGUUGUGUCAGCACGCAUUAUCCUGAACAGCUACUCUCAUCUUCAUACAGCUGUCCACUUGAUGACAACCCCACUGAACGCUGUAAGAAGCAAUUCAUGUUUUACUCCACUAUUCUGACAGUGGAAGCUUUUUGUACUUUAGUACUUGCUAAGUUCACCUACAGCCUAUAUUGUUCCCUUCAACCAGGCCAGCGACUUUACAACAGGGUCAACCUUACCCACUUCUCUUACAAAAAAGAAAUCACCCUAAGACCAGUUCAAGAGAUUGAGUCAAUUGCUCUAUGA